CAAGAGGUUACGGGUCUAAUUUUACUCGGACGCGAUGACGAGCCCGGGGUCGACCGGGGCGGUGGCGUCGGCGGGCGCCAACAAGCUCAACCGCGAGCUCCUCCGGUGGCUCCAGAGCCUCGACCUGGCCUACUCGCUCAAGAACAUCAAACGGGACUUUUCAAAUGGUUUUCUCAUCGCCGAGAUCCUCUCGCGCUACUACGACAAGGACAUUAGCAUGCACUCGUUCGACAACGGCAUCGGCCUCAAGGUCAAGAAGGACAACUGGGACCAGCUCCUGCGCUUCAUGGCCAAGGUCCCCGACUUUGAGCUCGUCGGCGGCAAGGCCGACGCCGACGCCGUCAUGCACUGCGAAAACGGCGCGGCCGUCACGUACCUCGGGAAGCUCUACCAGUGCUUGACCAAGCGAGAGCUCCAGCAGGUGCAUCCGCGCCCAGUCGAAGAGGACAUUCCGCCGUACGCCAAGCCGACGGGGUCGGCGCUCAUUCGCGAAAAGAUGCGCGGCCCCGAGUUUGCAGAAACGACGGACGAGCUCCAGAUGGGCCAGAAGGUCCGGAGUGUCCACGCGCGGCACGAAGAAACACUGCAGCUGGACCGACUCAACGAUCUGGAGCGAUACGGCCCCUCGUCCACCGAGUCCAAACUGGUGCGCCCCCGCAAGCAAAAAGUGCUAGGCGAAGAAUCGCCCGUGAUCACGCAAGCCGUCGUCAAGGAAGUGCAGAUCAAGUCCAUCGACGACCGAAACUUCAACCUCGCGCACCUGCGCGCCACGCGCGAAGCCUCGGCAGCCAUGACGGUCAAUGCCAGCAACACCGAGUACGGCUACGGCGCCGACGUCGACGGCCUUGAGCUCGGCGAGAAGCCGCCAAAGCGCCGCCUCAUGGACCUCCUCAACGAGUACAUCACGCGCAAGCUCACGGGCACGUCGAUUUUGACGCAGAUGGACGCGCGGAAGGACCGGUUCGAUGCCUUCUUGAGUGUCGUGAGCGCCGGCGGCGUCGUCAGCGACGAUGACGCCGCCGACGUGUUUCGGGACCUCGUAGACCCGGGCAGCGUCCUCGCCAACGUGCUCUUGGACUCACCCAAAGACUUUUGGAAGUUUGCCGGUCUUUUGGUGCCCUUUUUGCGGGACUUUGGCGACGAUAAUCCGGUCUUUACGGCCAGUGUCCAGCUUUGGACGGCCCUCGGCGCGCUCUGCACCAAGCGUGACCCGGCGGCCGCCGCCAUCGCCUUGUCCGACUAUGCGCUGCCGCAGCUGUCGGCGAUACUCGUCUCGGUUCCGACCAAGCGCCACGCGAUUCUGCGUGUGAUCUACGCGUUUGGCUCGUCCAAAGUCGUUGCCCACAUUCAAACGAUCAAGCGGCUGCGCGAGGGCUUGCCGAACAUGGACGUCUUUAUCCACUGCCUCGCGCUCCUCCUCGGGCUCGAGACCGAGAUGGACGACACGCUCGCCGACUUGUACUACUACUACUGCUGCAUCGGCCUCGACAUGGCCUGCGAGAAGCUCCGCGCCGCGUGCAUCUCGAUGCUGCCGCAGUUCCUCGUCUCGGCGCCGCAUUUCGCGCUGGAUCUCGUCCCUCGCUUGCUAGCGUUCAGCCUCCGAUCGACAUGGUGGGAAGUGCGGGCCCAAAUGCUGCUGGUCGUCACGUCCGUGCUGCACUUUGCCACGCUCUCGACGGCGCCGCCAGCCGUCGAGUGCCACGUCGACACGUGCUUGGCGCUGCUCGAGCGCGAGUUUACGCCGUCUGCGUCCUUGAAUCUCCGGCGUCUCGGUUUGGUGCACGUCGCCAAGCUGCACGCGCGGUACCCGGAGCUGCUGGCCAACUUUGCAGACGUGCUUCUGAGUCUGCCCGUGCAAAUGCUCUCGGACCUAUUGCAGGAGAGCGCGAGCGACGUUGCGACCUUGCCUGUUACUGGGGCGUCCGGCGCUGUGUACCACCUCGUGUCGGUGCGGGGCGUCUGGGACGCGCUCGCGAUCGCCAAGCAGCUUGGGUUGGACCACGAGACGAGUCGGCUGCCGUCGGAGGCGACGGUCAUUGUGCUGCACGCGUGUCUCGAAGACCUCGCCAAGUCGCAGCCCGAGCAGCUCAACAGCGUGUUUGGCCAGGUUCAGCUGCUCGUGAUCGCGUCGCUGACGGCCGCCGCCACGUGCGACGUGGGUCUUGCGAUCCUCUCGAUCGUGUCGUUUUACUCGUCGCCGUACUUGGACGUCCUCUCGCACGACGCGAUGGGCGCGACGCUCGAGCGCAUUUGCGCUGCCAAAGACGCCGCGCCGCAGCAGCAAGCGAUCGCACAGUUUUUGCAGCAGCUGCACGUGAGCAACGGCCGGAACGCGGCGAGCGUCAAGGACUGCCUCGGCCGCCUCAAAAGCAACGUGCGCUCGUUUCAAGAGACCAUGUUUGCCGUCGCGCUCGACGCUUUGCUGCGACAAAAGUAGCGCGCAACACUUAUAUGCCAGUAAAUAAGAAAAACUAUGAUACCCUACCCC